AUGGGCGAGGACUCGGCGUCACCCUCAGACCAGCCGCAGUCUUCGCGGGUCCCCUCUGCUGGGGGUGCAGUGGACGGGGCGACGCCCUCUGCCCGGCACCGCUGCUGGCACAGCUGUCCCCGAACACGAUGCCAUCCGGACCCCCGCACCCCACGUGGAGGGGCUCCGUGUGCUGCCGCCAAGCUUCCCUCGCCGGCCGGGGGGAACGUGGUCGUGGUGACGCGGGGCCAGCUGUGUCCUCUGUCCCUACCCGCCCCGCACUGCGGCACUCACGGAUGUGAUCGGGCCAUCAGCGGCCGUCGCUGCAUGGGCCGCAAUGCCGGGCAGGGAAGGGCGGCCGCAGAGGAUGCCGUGAGCCGGGGUCCGGUGUCUCAGAACUGCAGCCGAGCACACGCGGACAGCCGUUUAGGGGCACGCACCUGUGCGACGAGGCUGCGAGUCGGUGUCCUGCCAGCACUCACGAUGUGGAGGGCUCUGGCCCUGAUCAGCCUGGCCUUCCUGUCGCCGGCCUGGUCUGGGGACCCUCAGCAGACGGUGGACGACGCCUGCUCUGUGCAGAUCCUCGUCCCUGGCCUUAAAGGGGACACUGGACAGAAGGGAGACAAAGGCGCACCAGGACGGCCGGGAAGAGUGGGCCCCACGGGAGACAAAGGAGACAUGGGUGACAAAGGACAGAAAGGCGGUGUGGGUCGCCACGGGAAAAUCGGUCCCAUUGGUUCCAAAGGUGAAAAAGGAGAUUCUGGCGACAUAGGACCCCCUGGCCCUAAUGGAGAACCUGGUGUCCCAUGUGAGUGCAGCCAGCUGAGGAAGGCCAUCGGCGAGAUGGAUAACCAGGUCACCCAGCUGACAAACGAGCUGAAAUUCAUAAAAAGUGCUGUCGCCGGCGUGCGCGAGACGGAGCACAAGCUGUACCUGCUGGUGAAAGAGGAGAAGCGCUACGCGGAUGCCCAGCUGUCCUGCCAGCGCCGGGGCGGCACGCUGAGCAUGCCCAAGGACGAGGCCGCCAACGGCCUGAUGGCCGCCUACAUCGCGCAGGCGGGCCUGGCGCGAGUCUUCAUCGGCAUCAACGACCUGGAGCGGGAGGGCAGCUUCGUCUACUCCGACCGCUCGCCCAUGCAGACCUUCCACAAGUGGCGCAGCGGCGAGCCCAACAACGCCUACGACGAGGAGGACUGCGUGGAGAUGGUGGCCUCCGGCGGCUGGAACGACGUGGACUGCCACAUCACCAUGCACUUCAUGUGCGAGUUCGACAAGGAGCACGUGUGAGCCCGGCUGCCGUGGGCCGCGUGGGGCGGCGCGGGGUCCCCCAGCUCGUCCCCGCCGUCGGCCGGAGGUGCCUGCGUGCGGCCCGCCCUUUCUGAGCCUUGGACAGCGCUGCGUGCGCGGGGAGCGUUUCUGGGGGCUCCUUCUGCAGAGGUGACGUCCCGUUACUGGUAGUGUAGCCACAACGUCCUUUAUGUAAUUACUACUCAGGAUUGCUCUCGCCUUUGUCCAAACUAUAAAUAAACUAAUAAAUAAA